AUGGGAUUGGGGGGCAUGAGAGGCGGCAUCGGGGGAGGGGGCGCCGGCUCGGGCGAGAGGUGGAGGUGGAUCCUCUUCCUCUCGCUGGUCUCCGUCUCCUUCCUCCUCUCGUUCCUCUUCCUCUUCCUCUCCGCCUACUCCUCCCCGACGCGCCUCCGCCUCCCUGGGCUCACCACCGCCCGCGCCGCCGCCGGAGUCCGCCGCGGCCCCGACGCGCUCCCCUGCCUCGCCUACCUCCUCAUCGGCGGCCGGGGCGACGGGCACCGCCUCCUACGACUCCUCCUCGCAGUCUACCACCCACGCAACCGCUACAUCCUCCACCUCUCCGCCGACGCCUCCCACGAAGAGCGCCGGGACCUUGCUGCUGGGGUCGCCGCCGCGGCGCCCGCCGCUGUCUCUUUCGACAACGUCGCUCUUGUGGGCACGCCUACCGCGGGGACACCCGUCGGGUCGUCGGGCCUCGCCGGCACGUUACGCGCCGCUGCUGUCCUGCUCCGCCUCCACCCCGACUGGGACUGGUUCAUCACCCUCAACGCCGCCGAUUAUCCCCUCGUCACCCAGGACGAUUUGAUUCAUGCCUUGUCGUAUGUUCCAAGGGAAUUUAACUUCAUUGAUCACACUAGUGACAUUGGACAGAAAGAAUCUGAAAAAGUGCAAUCGAUGAUAGUGGAUGCUGGAAUAUACUUGUCAGGGAGGACCAACUUCUUCCGAGCCACACAGAAACGACCAAGUCCUGAUGCUUUCAAGUUCUUCACAGGUUCUCCAUGGGUUAUUCUGAACCGACGGUUUAUAGAGUACUGUGUUCUUGGUUGGGAGAAUCUUCCUCGGCUUCUUCUCAUGUACUUCAACAAUGUAAUGCUACCUCAGGAAGGAUAUUUCCACUCAGUCAUAUGCAACUCGCUUGACUUCCGUAAUUCCACUGUUAACAAUGACUUGAGGUACAAGGUGUGGGAUGAUCCACCUCAGACAGAGCCCCUUUUUCUCAGCAUGGCACAUUAUGAUAAGAUGGUGGACAGUGGACAGCCUUUUGCAAGGCGGUUUCAAGCGAAUGGACCGUUGCUGGACAAGAUCGAUGAGAAACUACUUAAGCGUCCGGGCCAUGGGCCUGUUCCUGGUGCCUGGUGCGCAGGAAGGAAGAGCUGGUUCAUUGACCCAUGUUCCCAGUGGAGCGAUGUGAAUGUUGUGAAACCUGGUCCUCAAGCCUUGAAGUUGCAGCAAUAUAUCAAUCGGACCUUGGAAGAAGCAGAUUCUGGCGCAAAAUCAUGCAGGCCAUAG